AGUAUUUUGAAGCCGAAAAAAAACGACUUGAAAUGAUCGAAUUCAAAAAACCAUUUGUAAAAAAUCCAGGAUAUGAGCACCCUAAUUCCAGAUAUUACAGUACAUCAUUGAGUUCCAUGAUAGAAUCUAUUAAUUCAAAAAUAUCAGGUGGAAAUAAUUCUAAUGAAGCAUUUUAUGUUGACCUUUCAUCAUCAUUUGAUGUCAAUUCACCACCAUGGGUCACAUUAACAUCAAUUGGAGGAAAAUGUGAAAGGUCAUCAGUAUCAAUUGGUGGUCAAAGUCUUUCAACAAUUUAUGUAAUUGGAGGAUAUCAAUAUUCUAGUAAUGUUCGUAGUAAUAUAGCUAAUAAUUUAGUUUAUACAUUUGAUACCGCGAGUGAAAGUUGGGAUUCGGUAACGAUUUCAUCUUUAGAAAAAAGAAGUAGAACAUUUGCAGUAGGCGAUUCAGAAGGAUAUAUUUAUAUAUUUGGAGGAAGUGAUAAUAAUAUUCGAAUGGAUAACAUGAGUAUAGUUGACUCAUUAUUAAAUACAGUUAGCGAAACAAGUUUUACAGAUGGACCGACUCCUAGAUCUGAUUAUACUGCUACUUUAGUAGAUAAAUAUAUAGUUUAUAUUGGUGGAGUCGAAGGUACUCAAAGUUCAAGUUCGCAAUUGAUAUGGAUAUUUGAUACAAGUUCUUCAGAAUGGGUCACAUCACAAGCUGUUGGUCCUGAAAUUGGUUCAAGAAUGGGACAUACAGCUACCUUAGGAUCUAAUGGGAGAAUAUUUGUUUACGGAGGAAUUACAUUAUCUUCUGUGGUUCCGAAUCCGAGCAUAUAUUUUGCUGUUCUUGAUGUAACAGUUUUUCCAUACCAAUGGUCUGUUCCCGAAUUAAAUGAUGAAAGCAAUGAAGGAUCAAAAAAGGCUGCGUUGAUUGGAGGUAUUUUGGGAGCAUUAUUAUUUGUGAUAAUAAUAAUCGGCAUCGGUAUUUUCUUUUAUUUGAGACGAAAACGACGACGAGGACAAGAAAGUGAAAAAAGUGAAAUAAGUAAAACGGGUGAAAACUUCGACGUAGCAGAUGUACAUGGAAAUGAAGUAAUUGAAUCUUCAUCACCAACUCAACCUCAAAUUGUUAAUAGACCAUCAUCAACAAUGAAAAAGCCGACUAAUGAAGAGCAUAGAGAUGAAAUGAUUAUAUUAAGUGAAUCUGCUGUUCCUCCCAUUUAUUAUCCAAACAUCAAUAAAGAUAAUUUUACUCAUGCAUCAGUACCACUUCCAGCACAACCUCCUCUUGACCCUUCAGUUUAUAAUGCUACUGAUAUACCACCAACAAUUUACAAUGCUACUGACGUACCACCAACAAUUUAUAAUACUACUGAU